AUGAUUCAAAUUCUUCCUAAUGAGUUACAAAUUGAAAUUUUAACAUAUGUUGUUGCAGAAACCAAUGAUUCGUAUGAUGACCUUAGUAAAAUUCUCAGUGAUCACAACAUCAGUUUUACGGCAUCGGUAGAAAGGAAUGAUAUACCAAGUCCGAUUAAAUUUGGAGUUGAAUUAGGAGAUUUAACAUGGUUAGAAUUUUUAAAUGAUGAUAUAUGUAAAUAUGAAUUCGAUCAUCGAAGUAACAUAUGUUUCAAACGGGAGAUCAAAGUUAAUGAAGAUCGUAGCAUUAGUUACGUGAAACCUUAUAGUUUUACCAUUGAAGCAUGGAAGCUUUAUUAUAUUUUAGACUGUCUUAAGUUUGAUACGUAA